AUGGACUCUGCUCACAAACAAUGGUGGAAACGAGUACACCUACGGUACUUCACAGCCAACGUCGGUCUUCCCUUGUUCGUAUUAUACUAUGCGCCCGCUGUAGCAUUUCAGGAGAAGACUCGCGUGUGGACAGGGUUGUAUGCCUUUAUAACCGGGCUCAGCAUCACGGCCGGCUACCAUCGUCUUUGGUGUCACCGGUCGUACAGAGCAUGCCUCGCGCUUCGCGUUUUAAUGGCCGCCGUCGGCGCCGGAGCCCUCCAGCUCCCUAUCUGGAUUUGGGCGGCCGACCACCGCGCUCACCACCGGUUCACUGACACCGAUCGUGAUCCUUAUAACAGCCGACGUGGCCUCUUCUAUUCGCACAUAGGCUGGAUUCUGACUUAUGACCCGACUCGAUUCGGCAAGGGCGAGGGAGUCGAUAUGUCGGAUCUGGACAGCGAUGCGGUCGUCGUCUGGCAGCGGCGGUUAUACAUUCCUCUGGCGGGCUUGAUGGCGUUUGUCUUUCCUGCGUGCGUGGCUGGUUGGUUAUGGGGUGACUGGGCGGGCGGACUUUUGUAUGCAGGAUGUCUGCGUGUAGUGAUCGUCUGGCAUAUUUCUUACUGCAUCAACUCGUUGGCACAUUGGGCGGGGGAACAGCCGUACUCGGUGCGAAAUACCUCGCGGAGUAAUACUCUGCUGGCUGUGGUGACGUUGGGGGAGGGAUAUCAUAAUUAUCAUCAUGCCUUCCCCCGUGAUUACCGGAACGGGCCGCGGUGGUGCGACUUUGAUCCGACGAAGUGGUGGAUCUAUUUGUGGGAGGUGGUAGGGUUGGCUUGGGAUGUGAAGAGGUUUCGGGUCGGGGGCGAAAUCAAGGGAAUUGGCUCAUAG